UUUGUAAAUUAAGAAAAAAUAGAAAUUGACCCUGAGAGAUGAGAGUCGCAUCUUAGAACCCUAGUUGAAACCUCAGCAGUGUACUGCUCAUAAUCACCUUCUCUUCUCAUAGAUGCUGUAGGAACAGAUAGAAGAAAGAUUAGGGUUUUAAUCUCCUAAAAAUGGCUUCCACAAUGUCGAGAUUUCCCUCCAAAUCUCUCGCAAGACUUCUCUCCCACCGCCGUACACCAUUACUGUGUCGGCCUCUCUGCACUGCGACGGAAACGCGAACCCAGAAACUGGAGCGCAUCGCUGGCGAGCUUCUGGACCUCACCAAGCUGGAAAGGCACGACUAUGCCAUCCUCUUCCGGCACAAAAUGGGCCUCAACCGGUACGGACCGGCAGUCUCCGGCUUAGAUUCAUCGGGCUCUUCAUCUUCCGGGGCUGCGGCCACUGAAACCAAGGCCGCAGAGAAGACCGUGUUUGAUCUUAAGCUGGAGAAGUUCGACGCAGCAGCCAAGAUCAAGGUCAUUAAGGAGAUAAGGGCUUUUACAGAUUUGGGUUUGAAGGAAGCAAAGGAUUUGGUGGAGAAAGUUCCGGUGGUGGUGAAGAAAGGGCUCAGCAAAGAAGAAGCUAAUGCCCUCAUCGACAAGCUUAAGGGAGUGGGUGCUACUGCAGUCCUCGAGUAAUCAAGUUUUGUUCUUUUUCAUUGUAGAAUAACACAACUGUCAUUGAAAAUGGAAUUUCAGUUUUAUGUUUUUGAUCAAAUUUUUGUGCCCCAUUGUUCAUAUUGCUGCAAAGCCUGCAAUGCUCAUUAGCCGAUAUACUCAGACUAGGGAUUUUACAGUCUAUGAAUUGCUAAAGCAUUUUUCUGGUCUGGUGUUUUUGAACUUGAA